AUGUCAAAAGAACUAAGUGCAGGUGGUACUCCGAUCGGCUCACCGUCUCCGUCCCCCCACCCAGAGACUGCAGCUGGCCCCGCCCCUACCCAAACGGAGAAGCCCCCCACCACAAAAACCAAGCCCAAACACACAAAAAUCACCAGCACCCCACAGGCCACGGGCCCCCGCGCCUCCCGCACAACCCCAACCACCAUUGGCCCCCGCCAACCAAGCAUCCACAACACCCGCGCCACAGCCCGCAAAGUCGACUCCACCACUCGCGUCUCCCGCAGUGGAGGCGGCAGUAGCGGCGGCCCAUUGGUCUUCUCACUCUCGCGCGACGCCGCCGGUAUGUCGCCCGAGGAGAUUGUCCGCGAGAUUGGCGGCCGCAUCACACUCGCCGAGAGCGAGAAUAUAUUUGACCACAAUGGUGGGAGCACCAGUCUCUUUGAUCCCGCGCAGAAAAAGACUAAGAAAAAGCGCCCCGAGAAGAAAAGCGGGGCCGGUCCUUCUGCGGCAAGUACCGGUGAGGCGGCGACCGAGAAGAAGAAAAAGAAGAAGAAGAGCAGCGGAAAGUGGCUGGAGAAGAAGCCGGGCGAAACGCCAGAGAAGACGUAUAGUAGCUCUCCGAGUAACUGGGAGGGCACGUUACACGAGACGCCGACAAAGUCGACGGUGAGGGGAGAUGAGGCCAAGUGGAUGGUGCCGGCCGUCGGUUCGCCACCAGAGCUGGCGUUUAAGCGUGGCCAGGACGGGACACCCACGAAGGCGUCGGAGCGGAAGAAUAAGGGCAAGAAGCUGCUGGGGCAGAUGGAGUUCCCGCUACCGCCGGGCUGGUGGGACGUGCUGAAGAUGACGGAUAAUCAACGGGAUCUUUAUAUACAACUCUUUGAUGAUUCAGCCGAGAUGACAGAGGAAAGCCAGUAUCAGCUCUGGAGCACUGCACUAGACAUCGUGUACCUCGCUGGUGAAGAGGAGGGGACAUGGGGCGCUGAUCCACAGAGGGAGAAGAAGCUCUCGAACUGGCGCGCGGAAAUGAUAUACAAGCAUGAUUUGACCAUCCCACCGCCAAUCUCGUGGAAUCAGAAGCAGCUGGGAGUGGAACCGCGCCCAACUGACGAGGAGCGACGGGAGUACACGAAGAACUUCCACACGAUGUACAAUAACUCUUACUUCUGGCGCAUUCUAGACCAGGCGUGGGAUAAGGAGUGCCUAGAUAAAUGUCUUGACGCUAACCAUGCUAUCUGGGAUCUCAAGUUGAAAUAUAGGGAUUUUCCUUGGUUCUGUCUUCCGUUGCCCAGUGAGAAGUGGAGGACCCAUACGAGUCAAUACAUUCCGAAGCCUUCAAAGAACUACUGUCAGUGGGUUGUUGGACUACUUGAUUUCGGCCUAAUGAACUUUGGCGAUGCAGAGCAAAUUAGACUCCCGGGCUUCCAGCCUGCGGAGCGAGAGGGCGCCUUUGAGGAUUCUUGUCACAGAGCGUGGCUAGCCAACGCAGAAUAUCUGCCCGAAGGCGCAACCAACCCACUAGAUGUUGAUUCGGACGAAGAGAGUGAUGCGGCUAACCGUUCGGACACGCCACCAUCACCAGAACCGGAGCUCGAAAUUGUAGAGGAUAAUUAUCACAACGGCCCCGCCGUAGAAUCGCAGGACUCGGACUCGGAUGAUGCUACGACGGACGAAAGUGAGGCAGCAGGGGAGAAUAGCGAAGCAGAGCUGGAAGAUGAUGAUGAAGAAGAAGCCGUUGAGGAAAAGAGACAGGUGGGGCUCAAGUCUAAGAGGGGAACUGAAAAACCAACAAAUACUGGGAAGAGAACCAAAGUCAGCAAUUAG